GAACAGAGAGGGGAAUAAUAAUAAGGCUCUGAACCGUUCCUUGGCUGAAUCUUUGCCUAAAUUUAUCAGCUAAGCGAGAUGGGAUUGAGCAAGAAAGACAAGAAAAACAGCUCCACUUCAACAUCUCCUUGUGCCCAUCUCCGAUCUGCUUACCACAAUUGCUUCAACAAGUGGUACUCUGAGAAAUUCGUAAAUGGUAUGUGGGAUAAAGAGGAAUGCGUUUCCGAGUGGCAAAAGUACAGAGAUUGUCUCUCUGAACAUCUGGAUAACAAGCAUCUAAGUCGGUUCUUGGAAGCUGAAGCUGCUUUUGGUUCCAUUUUUCAAGAGAGCAGGGAAAACCCAGUUGAUAAUACUGCUAAAUAGUGUAGAAACAGGCAAUCAACGGAUGGUGAUUGUUGCAGCUAGUUCGAGUAACAACGCUUGUUAAUCGCCGGUUAACAAUACUGCUACUCGACAUUUAUAGUUUGUAUUCUAAGAAUGAUUUUGGUUGAUAGGAAGUAAAACCGUGAAAGCUCAAAGUUGAAAAUAUUAGUCAAGAAUAAUUUGUUGGUUUCUGAUGUAGAAAUAUCAAAGAAGUUGGAAAACGAAAGUGUUAUAACAAAUUAGGAAAUUC